AUGAAACUGCGAGAUGUGUGGCGCACUUGCAACAAAAUACGUGCUGAAAUAUUUCGAAUAGGUCUCAACCUCUGGGAAUAUUUCAAACAUUUGGAUCCCAACAACAACAGUCUUAUUCCAGGUCUAUAUUUUUUUAAAUUGUUGAUCUUAGUAUUCUAUGAAAUCUUAAAAAAAAAAAAAAAUACAAAUGAUGUGGGAGUUUUAGAAUCAGAAUUCGCUUCUAUUUUGGCUGGACCAUUAAGAGGACCAAUCGGCUUAUCAGAUCAACAAAUUGGUGACCUAGCUGAUUAUUUUCGAGUUCAGGAUGGUCAUAUUUUGUAUACGCAAUUUUGUGAAGUUAUUCAUGAUAGCGUUCCUGAUUUCGGUCAGAAUAAACCUCUCAUUACUGUUCUGGAAUGAGAGGACCCCUUCCAUGUAAACCGUCUGAGCGUGACAGAACUCAGAAGAUUGAAUCUGAUAAUAACUCAAAUUGCCGCCAGUCUCAACAAAAGAAAACUUGUAUUAAGACCAUAUUUUCAGGAUCAUGAAUUGGUAAUACAGAAUUAGGAAAAAGUACAUUUUCUUAAGUUUUCUUUUUUUGUUGAAAAAUUUCGUCUCCUGGUCAAGAGAUUUGCUAAAGUCGGGUUCUCAAUAAAUUACAUUUCAUUUAUAAAAUCAUUUGAGGAAGUGCAAGUACAUGGCAUGUUGGAUCUUGGUGGAAAUUUGUUAGAUCAAUUUCCUGGGAGAAUAAUUACUGUAGAAUUGCCAAAAUUACCAAGACCUGAAAUAGGAAGAGCUUUGCUAAGCGAAGUUUUUGGGAAACAAAGUGUAUUUCAUCCUGUUACGGUAUUACAUAAGAAAACGAUGCCCCUUACGGAAGUCAUUUAAAGAAUACAGAUACAUAUUCUCGAACAAAAAAUAAGAAUUCAUGACUUCUUUGUGGGAUUCGAUACUCUCAAUUCUGGUAGAGUGACAGUGUCUCAAUUUAGAAGAGGACUAGAUGCAAUUAAAGUUUCUUCCCUCGGGCAACUUUUUCUUGCCGAGAAUGAAAUAGAUGCCUUAAUUACCUUGUAUAAAGAUCCACAUGAUCCUGAUCGAGUAUGCUGGAGAACUUUCGAUGAUGAUAUCAAUCAAGGACCUAAGAAAAGUGUGCCGAAGCUUGAUUUCAUCCGCUCAUUUUCUGGAGAGUUUACGUGUUUAUGGAGGGCCUGGCGGCUGGACAGGCGGACGGAUAAACCGACAGAUAGACGCCAUCGCUAAAACUUGAUUUUCGGAUUUAGGAGGUCUGAAAACGU